AUGCUCGAUCAAUUAAGCCAACACCAUUAUGGUUCACAAUCUAGUCGUGGCCCGAAUGUGGACAGACGUAGGCACUCUCUAGAUAAGAAUCUCUUGGAAGAUUGCUUUAUCACAAAUUCGUUGUACUCUAGUGUUGAUUUUCGAGGGCAAUAUAGAAUGCACCCUCAUUUGUUCAAUAAAAUCAUGCAUGAUGUUUUCAAUUACGAUGCAUACUUCGUUCAAAAGUAUGAUGCUCUUAGGGUUCUCAGUUUUCUUCCAGAGCAAAAACUUACAACUUCUUUACAGCUACUAGCGUAUGGCACAUUUGCAAACCAGGUGGAUGAGAUUGCUGGGAUGGGGAAAUCCAUUAUCCUAAAAUUCUUGUUCAGAUUCUGUGAUGCAAUUGAAACUAUCUAUAAGAGGGAUUACCUCCGCAAACUUACGCCUAGGGACCUCCAAAGGCUUCUACAAAAAAUCGAGACUCGAAGUUUCCCAAGCAUGAUUGGAAGCAUUGAUUGCAUGCACUGGCAGUGGAAGAAUUGUCCAACUGCAUGA